UCCAGGAAGUGUAUUAGUUUCCAGAUCAAGACGUGUGGGGACUUUGUUGAUGUCUGUGUGAUGCUCCUCCGGUUGUGCCGCCGCCGGGUCCCCGCCCCUGCAGUUGUCAUCCUCAUCUUCAUCCUCCUGUUCUUCGCCACCUUAUACAUGCUGAACUGCAACAUGACAUACGAACAGUACAAACUUCUGGAAAAGCAGAAGUCCAUCAGAACUUCAGGUGGUCAUUCUGAAGGAGAUGGAAAAAACAGAGGCAACCAGGAUACAGUCACUGCCAAAGAGUUUGAAGCAUUUCUGGUGGUGCUUAUAAUGACGGGGCCCAAGUAUGUUGAGAAAAGGAACACGAUACGAGAAACUUGGUUUACGUACGGGGACGAAAACGUUCUGCAGAGGUUUGUUAUAGGUACAGGGGCACUGGACGUGGAUGCAAAGGCAGCACUAGAACAGGAAAACGAAGAGAAUGGAGACUUGUUACUCAUGCCAGACUUACAGGACUCUUAUGAUGCCCUUCCAAGGAAACUUCUCCUGAUGUACAAGUGGUUGAAUGACAACGUAGACUUCAAGUACGUCUUGAAGGGAGACGAUGACACGUUUGCAAGAAUAGAUCUCAUCAAAGAAGAACUGAAGGGAAAAAGCAGGCAAAGACUCUACUGGGGUUUCUUUAACGGAAGGGCAAGAGUAAAAAGACGGGGGCCAUGGCAGGAAGGGGAGUGGGUUUUGUGUGACUAUUAUCUGCCCUAUGCACUGGGGGGAGGUUAUGUGUUGUCUGCAGACUUGGUCCAGUUUGUUGCCCAGAACAUGGAGUGGCUGAAGAUGUAUCACAGUGAGGAUGUGUCCCUGGGUACGUGGCUGGCACCACUGGAGGUCAGGAGAGAACAUGACCCCAGGUUUGACACAGAGUACAAGUCUCGUGGCUGCAGUAAUCAGUACCUGGUGACUCACAAGCAGUCAGAGGAUCAGAUGAGAGAGAAGCACCACCAGUUACAGAGCAGCGGCAGACUGUGUCACACAGAAGUACAGAACAGGAUGUCCUACACGUAUGACUGGAGCGGCCCACCGUCCAAGUGUUGUACCAGGAAAGAGGGAAUACCGUAAAGGAGAGAUUUUAGGAUACUUUAUGCUCCCCUCCAAACUAGCCUGGAGACCAGCUUUGUAAGCUUUAAUCCAUCAAGAUAGCAGAUGUGGGACUAAAGCUAUCAAGGCUGGACUCUAGGCUACCUUUAAUCAAAGUACUAGUGAUUAAAAAAAGACUAUCUUAAGUUGACAGAAUUGUAUUCACAUGAAAUGGUUUUCCUACUCCUUCCACUGUCUCGAUACUGUUGUUGUAAAGGAAAGUCAUGAAAGAGCAUGGGAUGUCUUCACUUUCCUGCAAACAAGGAGCAUCUACUAUUUAAUUGUAAUUUUCUCCUUCCUCAGUUAUUUUCUCUUACUGUUGAUCCACUGUGCAGGAAAAAGGGUGUUAUGUUAAUGACAAUUGAGAAAUUGACCUUUGUAGUAUAUUCAGCAGUGUUCUUUUCAUAUUCAGGUAGGUCUCAGGACAAAGAAAUUAUUUUAACUUCAUAGUAUAUAUAACAUGAGACUAGGUCAUUCUAUGUGGGUCUCUCGCUCUCUUUCUAAAGAAGACUAAUUGUAUCAUGUUUCUGUGCCACUAUUCAUGUGCCAAAUAGUAGGCCCUGUUAGAAAAAAAGGCAAGGCCUAUAUGUAUUAUUCCCCCAUGCAGAGCUAUCCCACUACAAUACAUUAGACAAUGAAAAGCAACCUGUAGGCAGGUUUGAG